AAACAAAAUGCCGUAUAGGCGGAUACUGUUGGUCUCAAAAAAGAAAAAGAAAGCCGGAUAUUGUUUUCGCCGGGCCCAGCAACGAAAAGUUGAAAACAACCCGACCCAUAUGGUAAUUGACCCACAAAGAACCCGAUUAGAAUUACUCUAUUACAUUGCAGACUAGAAUCGACCAAGAAAAUACAAGGGUUUGGAAUUUUGCUCUUCUAGAUUUCUCUUUGCAUAUAUAUACAGAAACCCAGAAAGUGAAAGGAAAAAGAAUAUCUGAAAAGGAAAGAUUUCAAGAAGAGCAUAAUUCAAGCUUAUCCUAUACUUUUCUUGAUUCCUUGUCCCCAUUUUCAUCGUCAAAACUCAAUCUUGGGAGAUUUGUUCAAGACUUGCUCAUGGCUAUGCAGAGUCAAUUAGUGUGCAAUGGGUGUAGAACCAUUCUUCUCUAUCCAAGAGGAGCUGCAAAUGUUUGUUGUGCAGUUUGCAAUGUUGUCACAUCGGUUCCUCCUCCUGGACUGGAAAUGUCCCAACUAAUAUGUGGAGGUUGCCGUACAUUGCUUAUGUAUACUCGUGGAGCAUCAAGUGUCAGAUGCUCAUGCUGUCACACAGUAAACCUUGUGCCAGCAUCGGGCCAGGUUGCUCAUGUCAAUUGCUGCAGUUGCCGUACAACCCUUAUGUAUCCAUAUGGUGCUCCGUCAGUUAAAUGCGCUGUUUGCCACUGCGUAACAAAUGUGAAUAUGGGUAAUGCAAGGGUCCCAAUUCCUGCACUGAGACCUGGUGGGGCUGCUACAUCUGCGUCAACUACCUCUACUUCACCGGCAACGCCACGCCCGCAGAAUCAAACUGUGGUCGUCCAAAAUCCGAUGUCAGUUGACGAAAGUGGCAAACUGGUGAGCAAUGUCGUUGUUGGCGUCACAACUUAGUCAAAUCCGUUGUAUCUGAGCUUAAGGUAAUACAAUUCUAAGAUUCUGAUCAGUGUGGUAAAACUGAACUGUGUUGUUUAUGCGGGGGUGCCCAUUACUUGAAUUUUUAAGCUGCAGUUUGUAAAAAAAAAAUUGUACAUUGAAAGGACAGUGACGGCAACAGGAAUGACUCCCAGUUGUCAUUAAUAUAUCGAAUAAUUGUUUGCAAA